UAUAUUAUUACUACGGCGCGAAUGUGAAGAGACCCCCCAAAAAAUAAAUCAUAUCUUUAAUCUUUCCCUAUAAUCGCGACGGUAAAAUCUCUUUUUCUUCUUUUUAGUUGCGAAAGAGAAAGAAUCAAUCUUCCUCGGAAAUUUUGUUGAUGGAUCCCGACGUGGUGGAGAUCUCUCCUUCUCCUCCUCCUCAUCUCUUAGCUUCGACUUCCAGAACUCGUAAACCCAGAAAGGUUAAUCUUGAAGUGAUCGAUGUGGAGCAAUAUCAUGUAGACAAGAUGAGCAAAGGGAAGGCUAUACAAGAUGGGCAUAACCCCUUUAGUCAUGUAGCUAAUGGAGUGAUCCCUAUGGAUGUUGAUGGCUACACAGUGGUUCUAAAUGAUAUCCCAACUGGUGUACAAGUGGCCAUAUCUACUAACGGUUCAAACCCGUUUCUGGCAACUCCUUGUACAACGGUUCAACAUCAGACUCCUAAUGUAGUGAUGGAGCCAUCUCCUUCUUCAAGACCUGUUACCUCUGAUGCUUCUGCUAGCUCUGAGGCUGUUACUUCAGCUCAGGCUAAUUUUCUGAGGGACUUUAAAAGGUUUGACACUGUUGAUGAUUUCUCAGAUCAUCACUAUGCUUCUAAAGGGAAAGCUUCAAAGCAGCACUCAAAGACAUGGUUGAAAAAGGUUCAAGAAGAUUGGAAGAUUCUUGAGAAAGAUUUGCCAGAGACAAUAUUUGUCAGAGCCUGUGAGUCAAGAAUGGAUCUCAUGAGAGCUGUAAUCAUUGGAGCUGAGGGGACUCCUUACCAUGACGGUCUUUUCUUUUUCGAUAUUCAGUUCCCAGAUACCUAUCCUUCGGUGCCACCAAAAGUUCAUUACCAUUCCGGUGGGCUUAGAAUCAACCCAAAUCUAUACAACUGUGGUAAAGUAUGCUUGAGUCUUCUCGGUACAUGGACCGGUAACAAGAGGGAGAAAUGGCUCCCACAGGAGUCAACAAUGUUGCAGCUUCUCGUCUCAAUCCAAGCGCUAAUCUUGAAUCAGAAACCAUACUUCAACGAACCUGGCUACGAGGCCACCAAGGGGACUACAUCAGGCGAGGCUCAUUCCAAUGUUUACAGUGAGAACGUAUUCAUAUUGUCGUUAAAGACUAUGGUUUACAGCAUGAGGAAACCACCCAAGCACUUUGAAGAGUUUGUUCUUAGCCAUUACUUUGUGAAGGCACUUGACAUAGUUAAAGCGUGCAAUGCUUAUAAAGAUGGAGCUCCUGUUGGUUCCAUUGUUAAAGGUAGUGUCCAAGGCAUUGAGGAAACUAACCAGAGUGGCUCUAGGAAGUUUAGGACCGAUGUGGCUGCCUUUAUGAAGACGGUUGUGGGUGAGUUCGUUAAGUUAGGAGUCAAGGAGCUAGAAGAAAAACCUAAACCACCGCCUGUGGUUAAUGCUAACACAGAGAGUAAUACAGCUAAGCGUAAGAGAAGCAGAUCAUCGAGCGUCAAAGAAUUUCUCGCCAAUAUCGGACGCUGCGUUUUUCAGUUGGAUUGAGUCGUGCAAACAAACAAGUAUCAAGUUUAAGAAGACUCACAGAUCGAUGAUUUGGUGAGUAGGAGGAAUCUAACAGGGGAUAGAAGUCCAACUUACUAUUUUCUUUUAUCUUUUAUUACGUGGACAAGUGGUUUAUUUAUAUCAUUAGAGGUUUUAGUUUUAAGUUUAUCCGUUCUGAUUUAUUAACAGAUUUUAAAUAUAUUAAAAAAAAUCGAUUAGAGAUCUCUUUGAGAAGAGGUAACUAUCUGUGUACAGUUUACUACAAUGUUAGUUCAUAAGAGCAUCUCUAACACAUUCUAUUUUUCA